AUGUCUAACCAUUUCUAUAAUGAAGUUUGGCUUCAAACUCAACAAGAGCUGGAAGGAUUAGCAAUUACUGAUGUUGACCAGCAAACCCGGGAACCAACAACAGAAAGAACAAUACUUCAAACUUUAAUUUUUGAAUUGUAUCUAAAGUAUAUUUGUAUCGCCAAUCGAUUAGAAGAUGUCUAUGAUAAAAUGAUACAUCCACAAAAGCGUCUUUUAAUUAGACGUAUCCUUGACUCCUGUUUAGGUCGUGUCGUAGAAUUAAAGCAUGACCUCGUCAACAUCGACAUGAUGGAGUUUAGUUAUAAUGAUGAAGUUAUGGAGAAACUUAAAUUAAGUCCACAGGAUACUGAGCUUCAUAUACCAAGGUAUUUCCAACGCGAGCGGCAAACUGAAAUUCAAUUUCGAAAAAAUGCAAUGGAUGAAAUCCUCAUCAAGUUGGGUUGGUUAGAAGAGAAUCCACAGGAAGAAAAGCUUACUGAAAUUGAAGCCAUUCGUUUGAUUCAAAUACACGAGCGUGCUCGACAAGGUCGUUUGAGAGCUCAUUUUAUGAAAGAAAUCCGGCUUCUUAAAGAUAAAAGCAAAUCUGAAAAUGUUCAAGAGAGGACUGAUUCUGGUCUUUUAGCUGCUAUGAGAAUACAGAAAAUGUGGCGAGGUCAUACAGCACGCCGGAAGACACGCCGCAAGAAGGUUGAAGAAAUGGUUUUAAUCGGUAUGAUACCACCACCCAGCAAGAAGUCCGAAGCAAGGGAACAAAUGAAUCAAAUGUUCCUUGAACGCUACAAUACUCAAGAAGAAUUCAGAAAAGAGUACGAAAAGGCAGUUAUUCAAAUACGAGAAGAAUUGAGAACAAAGCAAGGACCAGUGCUUAUAGAUGAUAUUGCUGAUGAGAUAAGAUUAUGGAUAAAAGACUGUUAUGAUAAAACUGGAAAACUUCCGGAUUUUCCAUCUGAAGAAAAUGGUGGUUCAUUGCACAUUUUCAGCAGGGCAGGAACGGAAAGUGAAAUAAGUCGGUCAUCCGCAAGAUCAUCAAAGGAAUCUAGAAAAACGAAAGACAAAUCAAAAUCUCCAGCUAGAAGUGGCGACUUAAAUAUUACAGAAACACCAGAUGGAUUAUACCACCAGAGUCAAUCGAUGUUUCUCAAUGAUUUGAAAAGUGGAAUUGAUGAAUUCAUUGAAGUUUGGAGAGAUAACAAUGAAAUGGACAAUCUUCAUGAAAAGCAUAACGAGGAAAUUAUUUAUGCCCAAAAGUAUACAGAAGUUGAACUGGAGUAUCGUAAGAUUGUUGACGAAUUGAUGAGGCAGGAGCUAGAUCUUUUGCAGACAGCUGUUGGUAAAAAGGCAAAGAAAAAUAGCAAGAAAACUAGGCGUUCAGGUAAAAAGGGCAAGAAAAAGAAAGAAAAAGAUCUUACGCCAGAUCGAACAACUGAGUCUCUAUUUGAAGAACUUGUAACGAAUGGCAUAAUUCGAAAGUAUCCUGAUACUCCCCUAAGUGCCUAUUUGGGAGAUAAGUCAUAUGCCGCUCGAAAUGGCCUUAAUCCAUCAGCUGGUGAUGUGCGGCAGGUAUUAACUGAAUAUUGUAUUUUGCCGCUGGGUUCAGAAACAAUUCGAAAUUCUUGUCCAUGUAUUCGUUCUUUGAUGUUGGCUGGCCCUAAAGGAAGCGGAAAAAGAACGUUGUUGCAUGCUAUAUGCACGGAAGUUGGAGCUAUAUUAUUUGAUUUGACGCCAGCAAAUAUAGUUGGAAAAUACCCUGGGAAAUCUGGUCUUAUCAUGCUUAUUCACCUUGUUUUGAAAGUCUCAAGACUUCUUCAGCCAGCAGUUAUAUAUAUGGGAGAUGCUGAGCGGCCAUUUAUGAAAAAAAUUCCCAAAACUGAUCGAAGUGAUCCAAAGCGACUGAAAAAAGAUUUGUCAAAGUUAAUUAAAAAUAUAGCACCUGAAGACCGAGUUAUUUUUAUUGGAACAUCAAGCUUUCCGUGGGAAGCAGAUCAAAAGCUUCUUCAGCAGGCUUACAAUCGAUUUAUAUACAUCCCAAGACCGGAUUAUGGAGCUUUGUCAUUUGCGUGGAAGGCUCUUCUCGAUGAGCAUAGUGGCGGUUUAUGUCAACUUGAUUGCAGUGUUAUGGCAAAGAUCUCUGAUGGUUACACAAUUGGAUCGAUAAAUUCAUGUAUAAAAGAGGUCUUAACAUGUAAGAGAAAGCUUCAAUUGCGGUCACAGCCCCUUACUCAUGUGGAACUUAUAAAUUCACUUUGUACAAAAGAUCCAGUCUAUUGCGAAGAAGAAGAAGCAUUUGAAGCAUGGUGGUCUAAAACACCAUUAGGCAGGCGAAAGCAACGAGCUCUGGAUGAAGAGGAGCAGGCAAAAAUGGAAGAACAAGUCCAAGCUUCUAAGCAAGGAAAUGGAACCAGAAAGAAGAAGGACUGA